GACCGCCCCGGUGAUGGCUGAGGGCGAUGGCACGGGCGGCCUGCCUGGAGGGAAGUCCCGGGAGGAUGAGGAGCACGUGUCUCCAGCAGGCGGUGGGGGACUGAGGGAAGUGGAGCCCGCGGCUCUGACACGGAGGAGGCCCGAGACAAAGCCCCCCGGCGAGCCCGCUCUGGUGGAAGAGCCCCCUGGCCCAGCCCUGACGGUCUCUGAAUCCAUGGAGCCAUCUCAGACCGGGUGGGGAUACUGGGGCAGCUGGGGAAAGUCGCUUCUCUCCACCGCCUCAGCUACAGUUGCUACUGUAGGUCAAGGCAUUUCCAAUGUCAUAGAAAAAGCAGAGACCUCCCUGGGGAUCCCCAGUCCUAGUGACAUCUCUUCAGAGGCCAGCGAUGCUGCAGAAGGUAGCCAGAGUCCUGAAGAGAGUGCUACACACAGAAUCAAUGAUGGCAGUUCCUCGCCUAUCAGUGGGGCUCUUGGAGUAUUAUCAACUAUUUCUACUGCUGUUCAGAGCACGGGGAAGACUGUAAUUACUGGAGGGUUGGACGCCUUGGAAUUCAUUGGGAAAAAAACAAUGGAUGUGAUAGCUGAAGGAGACCCAGGAUUCAAGAAAACAAAGGGUUUGAUGCACAGGAGUUCCACAUUGUCUCAGGUCUUGCGAGAGGCAAAGGAGAAAGAAGAGCAGCAGACAGCUACUGAAGUUACCAUGGUGACAGAGAAGAAAGCCCAUUAUGGGUUACUCUUUGAUGAAUUUCAGGGUCUUUCUCAUUUGGAAGCCUUAGAGAUGCUUUCCAGAGAGAGCGAAUCCAAGGUGAAGUCAGUUUUGCAUGCCCUUUCUGGAGCAGAGUCGGAUGCCUUGAAAAUGGAGCUGGAACAGCUCAAAGAAGCGUUUUCCUUGGCAGAGUUCUAUGACGAUGACGAAGAAGAGAAGAAGGGUGAUGAGGAAUUUACCAAGGACAUAACCGAGCUCUUUUCAGAAUUGCGGGUCUCCACCAGGCCAGACAAACUCUCUGUGGCAAGAAGAUCUGCUCAUGAGUGGAUUGCAAGACUCGAUGCAGAACCCCUGAAAGACGAGCAAAGGAAUGAAGAUGCCCAACAAAUGGGUUCCAGUGAUGCUGCCUCAGAUGACAAAAAAUCAGUAGAGGACAUUCAUGCGUUUGCCAUUAGGAGCCUGGCUGAGCUGACAGCGUACUCCAUUGAGUUGUUCCACAAAACUGCAGCACUGAUCCUGCAUGGUCAGAAGCAAGAGAUGUCGGCCGUAGACAGAGCCAAAGCCCUUUCACAAAUGACAAUUGUACUGUGCAAAGAAUUGUCUUCUCUAUCCAAAGACUUUACUAUCUGCUUAACGACAGUAGGGGUCAAAGAGAAGGCAGAUGUGCUUAAUCCAUUAAUCACUGGAGUGUUUUUGGAGGCUUCCAACAGUGCUUCCUAUAUCCAGGAUGCCUUCCAACUCCUCCUGCCUGUGCUACAGAUCUCUCUAAUUCAGACUCGGACUGAAUCAUCACAGCAAUAAAUUACUUCUAAAUGAGCACCUGCCCAACCAGCCUACUUCAUAGUUCCCAUGCUUGGGAAUAGGGUAGGGACAGAUACCGCAGGAAAGAAAACACUUUGAUGAUUGGUGCUGCAGAGGGGAAACUGAAAUGCUAGCUUGGCUGUGACAGCUGUGCAACUUAGCCGGAGACGUGAAGGAUGUGACUAGUAUAGUUCAGGCAGAUGGACAAUAUGACAGACUUAAGCUACUUCCCUAAGUUUGGCUGUUUUUUUCUUCUUUUCUCCCUGAGUGUGUUAACGAGCUCCUUGAAGAAAGGUUUCUGGGAUUACGACACUAGAAUGGAGGCCCCGGCAUGUUGUCUGUGGCCACAGAAAAUUAAAUACUUAACUCUCCCUGUAGUACUCAGCUUUAAGUGUUGUGUGCAUGUUGCACAAUUACCUGCCCAGUAUUGUUGCCCAGGGGCCAGUAAAGACUGGGACCACUGUGGUAGAGGAAAUGCUUGAUCACCAGUAGUGUGUAGCCAGAAUAUGCUGGGACUUUGGAUUUAGAGAUGUGGAAUUAAGUUCCUCAUAGGCUUUGUUUUUUCAAAUAUGUGGUGGCUGCAAGCUAAAAGGCUCAAGUUCUUUGGAAUGACUUCUAGGUUUGCAUAAGAGCUUAGCAGUAGGCUACCUUGUGUUGUGUCUGAGCCUUGCCUUGCAUUUCACCUUCCAUUACAAAAACAGCAACUUGCUGAAGAGCGCGGACACUUACGGUCCGUGUUACUGACUUGGGGAUGUCCCAUAAGACCUUACUCCUCUUCCCUGUGUCAAGAAGACAUUUUGGGCCCUGGUCUGGGGAGAAAGCAGUCACGGGGCUGACACGGUCCUACUAUUCGAGUGCCUGGUUUCACAGCAAUAAAUGAAAAGCAACUAAAGGGGACUGGUUCCUGUUCAGGGGAUUCAUUAAAACAAUAUCACUGGA